AUGGACGUCUUCAGGCUGCCAACACCCACGGUCAUCGGACUUGUUGGAAUACUGGCUCUCGCUGUGGUCUACCUUAAUCCCCGCGUAUUUGGAAAGCGCAAGUAUAAUUUUCCACCUGGCCCCCCUGGCGAGUUCCUCCUUGGGCACUACCGAAAAAUACCAUUCACCGCCCCGUUCAAGCAGUACGCAAAAUGGUCAAAGGAAUAUGACUCCGAAGUCCUCUAUUUUGAGACGUUCGGUACAAAAUGGAUUGUCCCAAACAGUCUUCAGUCUGCGAUCGAUCUUCUGGACAAGCGUGGAGUGAACUACAGCGACAGGCCUAAAUUCAUCUUGUUUGAAGAGAUGGGAUGGGCCCCGACCCUGACAUGGCUCCGCUGGGGGCCGCAGAUGCAGCGCCAUCGCAGGGUUCUUCAGCCGGCCUUCAGCAAGACACAAGUCCGUCAACAUCAGGACAGCCAGCAGAAGGAAGCUCUUAUCUGUCUGCACAAUAUUUUAGACGACGCCGAGAAUUGGACUGGAUCUAUUCGGCAGUUUGCCGUUGCCAUUGUGCUCAACAUUGCCUUUGGCAUUGAUGUCGAUGGUCCAUGUAGUCCGUGGAUCAAGACUGCGGACGACGCUGCUGAUGCUAUCGGCCACUCCGGUGCACCGGCAAGAAGUAUCGUGGACCAGUUUCCAGCAACGCGCCAUCUGCCUACCUGGCUUCCAUUCAUGGAGCGACUUCGCUAUGCCCGCAACCGGCGAUGGGCUAUUGAGGCCAUCACGAACAUUCCCUUCGCCCAGGCCAGGAAAGAAGUUGAAGAGAAAAUACACAAAAAGUGCUUUGCUCAUGACCGCCUUCACGUUUACAACCACAACGUCGUUAAUGGGGUCGAGAACGAGUUUACGAUGGACGAUAUUCGAGGAUCGUCUGCUGCAAUUUACAUUGCGGGAAACGACACGACUGCUACCACUGUUAUCCUCUUUGUCCUGUACUUGAUGCAGAACCCGGAUGUUCAGGCCAAAGCCCAGGAAGAGAUCGACCGGGUGGUCGGAAAUGAGCGGCUGCCUACUUGGGAAGACAUCUCCGACUUGCCGUACAUGAACCUCGUCUUGCAGGAGACGUUCCAAAUUUAUGCGGAGCCGUUCAAGUUCUGGCCGGAGCGAUAUCUUGCAAAUAACGAAGGCGGCAAUGGCGAGCCACUUCCAGUAGGAAACUUCGGCUUUGGCCGUCGUGUCUGCAUUGGGAGAGCCUUGGCUGAGAACAGCUUGCUUAUCGUCCUGGCGAGUAUGCUGGCGACCAUGAAAAUCGAGUUCCCACUUGACAAGAAUGGGGAUCGCACUCUAUUUGAACCUGAAUGGCCAUACUUGGGACAAGCGCCAGUAUAUCCCCCCGGUCUGCUAAGAUGGCAGAGCUUUUACGAGACGCAGCAACUACUGCGAAAGCCUGAAGUCGAGGUGUCCAUCCGCUAUCGUGUCGGUCAUCGUGUACAGCUGCGGAGCGCCAGGGAAGAGGCUGCUGUUGACAGUGGAGAACGUGGAGUCAAGCUGCCGAAGAGUGGGAUCAUGAUGGCUUGA